GCCCCCAUUCGGAUCUAGGCACGAUUUCACCGGGUUGUCUAAGAUAUAUAACCCCUUUUGUGUGGGUUUGUGACAUGUCUCUGAGUACUUUUUCAAAUACGUUUUCACAGACCAAAGCCUUCACCACAGUUGCCUCACCUCCAGGCUCCCUAACCCUGCACUCUGAAUCCCUGCUGUCACCAUGCAAGCCCGUAGGGUCACCGUUCACCGCAUCAGCAAGACCAUCACCUUGUACCUGAAUGACACAGCCUCACCUAAACCCUCCCCUGGCCCUCUGUCUGCCCUGAACGAUGCAGCCAGUACCUCGCCAUCCCUAGCCCUUACCUCUGCCCCAACCAAGCCCCUGCUGCUGAUGCUGCCCUGGUUGGGGUCGCGACCUCAGGCUGUGGCCAAGUACUGUGAGAUCUACUUCCGUACAGGCUUUGACGUGCUCAUAGUGGAGAGUGCGGUGAGUCAGUUCCUGUGGCCUCGCUGGGGCCUGGACUACGGGGCGAGGGUACUAGAUCUCCUGCAGAGUGACCUCUUUGUGUCACGCCCCCUGCUCGUGCACGCCUUCUCCAUAGGAGGGUACACCUUCACCCAGCUGUUGGUGCAUGUGUCCCGCGACACACAGAAGUACUGUGGCUUCACUCAGAGGAUCAGAGGCCACAUCUAUGACAGCCUUGUGUUGGGCUCACUGGAGAGGAUGGCUACAGGUCUAGGUAAGAGCCUGUUCCCCUGGCUGGAGAGCCAGGUGAAAUGGGCCAGUAUGCUCUACUUCAGAGCCUUCAAAGACCACACAGUCGACUAUUUCAACAACGGCAUUGAUGUCUUCUCGAAUAACCCUGUCACCGCACCCGCCCUCGUCUUCUUCUGCCAGAACGACGCACUGUGCGACCCGGAGGGCAUGGAGGAGAUCAUCGCCUACUGGAGAAAACGAGGGAUGGCGGUGACAGACCGGAAGUGGGAGGAGUCAACACAUGCAGGUCACCUGAGACGACACCCCCAGGAGUACCUGUCUACCUUGGAGUCCUUCCUAAAGUCUCUUGGUAUGGUCCCUCUCAAGGCCAAGAUGUGACCCUAGGCAGGACCCACACAGCUGUGGUCCGGCCCAGAAACAAUCCCUAACCCUAUCCACUACCCCUUAGGCCCUCAGCACGGCCCCAAGCAAGGCCAAGUGACAACAGGGCACAGCUGUGGUCCAGUCCAGAAAUAGCCUCUAGCCACUACCCCCUAAGCACUCAGGACCCCCUCAAGACCAGGAUGUGACUGCAGGAUGUGACAGUUUGCACUUCACUUACCUACAAGUUCCACGUUUGAGUACUCUAGGUAUAGUGGGGACUUAUUGUAUACAGUUUUACAUUCUUGAAAAACAUUCAAUUAACUCUUGUUUAGUAGACUUUUCGCAAAAGGAGUCAUUGUUUAGAUGUUUCGGAAUUGUACCAGAAAUGUCAUGUGAUAUAGCCUCUGCAUUACGUAGGUUACGUAGUGCUCUGAAUACCAAUUUCUAAUAGUAUCCACUUCAUUUUCAAACGCUUUUAAACACUGAAGCCAAACUUCCUCCACAUUAUCAUAAUGUGUAUGCGCGCGACUAGAGAUCCCUGCAUUAGCAUGUUUCUGUAAGCUGAUCAAUCCUGAAAAAAUACCCCAUAUUGCUGGCCUGCUAAUGUGCUUGGACCUUGAAGGCUAAACAUUUGAGGAAAAAAAACAAUUGAUCCAAAUGAUUGUCCAAUCAGGCAGGCUAGAUGCAAUCAAUUUGAAAUGAAUAUGCAUUCAAAACGCCAGGCUUUUGAGCAGUUAUUCAAAUGACAUAGGCUUUUCACUGCAGUCUACAGCCUAGACUAGAGUUUUGUACUCACUUGAAAACAAUUACAUUCUUCAUUACAUUGUGUUGUAGGCUACAUUUCUUGUCCCUAAAAAGCUGAAACUAUAGGGUGGCUUUUCAAGCUGGUACCAGGGGACUGGGAGGGAGGGCACUCAGCGCAUCCUCGGGAGGGCACUCAGCGCAUCCUCGGGAGCACACUCAGCGCAGCCUCGGGAGCACACUCAGCGCAGCCUCGGGAGCACACUCAGCGCAGCCUCGGGAGCACACUCAGCGCAGCCUCGGGAGCACACAGUGUAGGCUACCUAUGAUUUUGUUAUCUGAUAAAAAAAUUAUAUUUUGUUGUGUACAUUUACGGGAUAUAUUCACUGCAGUAUUGAGCUUAUGAAUUAUGGGCUAAUAUGCAUUUGCUUCUAAUUUAGGCUAUAGUCUACAUCCCAAGCCUGCCUGUCUUUGUUCUGUUGCGCAAUUACGCACCUGGCCUCUCUGCUGCAUGGAUGUUCCUCUUAAAUCUUGUGGAGUCCCAGGAAAAGCAAGACUACAAAAGCUUGUUGGACACUUACAGUUGAAGUCGUAAGUUUACAUGCACCUUAGCCAAAUACAUUUAAACUCAGUU